AUGCUCAUAUUGGCAACAACUAGUGAUUUUCAACGUUUAUGUAAUAAUAUAUCGACUAAGCUAGCAAAGAUUAAUAGUCAUACAAGUGAGCUUGAAACGCUUGUGAAAAAAUUAGGUACACCAGAAGAUAGUGAACCAUUACGCGAACGUUAUCUUCGUCUGCAAAAUGAAACCAAAUUAUUAAUGAAAGAAACAAAUAAUAUUCUUCAACAACUUCAAAGCAUUUCUCUAGCAAGCGAAGCCGAUCAGAAACGUAGAAAAACUUUGGCUGAAACUUUACCAAAACAAUAUUUAGCAAUAUUAAAUCGUUUCCAAGAAACACAACGUGCAGGUGCUACAAAAGAAAAAGACAGUCUUGAACGUGCUCGAGCUGUUAGGUAUCGACAACAAAGUAUAUAUGAAUCACAUACUGCUGAUAUAUCUGGUCCUUCGAAUACUCAACUUCAACAACAAUAUGUUUUACCUAUCGAACAAGAAGUUGAUCUACAAGGUUUAACAGAACGUAAUGAACAGCUUUGUCAAAUUGAAGUAUAA